AUCGGCUCCGCCGGGCACGCGCUUAGGAUGAUGUCUACGCAGGAGACUCGCUAGGUUUUCAAACACAGCCGCAUACUGUCUAUUUCCUGGUUACUUCGCAAGGAUGAAUGUGGGCGUUGCUCACAGCGAGGUGAACCCAAACACUCGGGUGAUGAACAGCCGGGGCAUCUGGCUGGCCUACCUGCUGCUCACCACUGCCCUGCAUGUGGUCCUGCUCAGCAUCCCUUUCCUCAGUGUGCCUGUGGUGUGGACGCUCACCAACGUCAUACACAACCUGGCGAUGUACCUGUUUUUACAUACCGUCAAAGGCACACCAUUUGAGACGCCGGACCAAGGCAAGGCACGUCUGCUCACUCACUGGGAACAGAUGGACUAUGGCAUUCAGUUUACAGCGUCAAGAAAGUUCCUCACCAUCUUACCUAUUGUACUGUACAUCUUGGCCAGCUUCUACACCAAAUAUGAUACAACUCACUUCAUAGUCAACACAGGCUCACUACUAAGUGUCCUCCUACCCAAGCUGCCUCAGUUUCAUGGAGUGCGUCUGUUUGGUAUAAAUAAAUACUGAUAUGGAUGGGAUGUAGCAUCAUGGAGAUGAGAUGAAAUGACUGAAAUUCCUUUAUUCUCCAUAUGAUGCUUCCUUGGUCCAAAGUCGUAAGGCCUUAAGGAACCAAAACUGCACUGGACUGAAGUACACUAUUUAAAAAAAGCCUUCUAUGCUCAGGUUUAUUCAAUCUGUGGUGUUUCUUUUUUUAAAUCCUGUCUUAUGUCUGUAAUUUCUCGUCAUCAUAAUCUCUAGAUCUCCAUCAUAAUUUCUAGAUUCAUCACAUUCAAGGAUGUUUUUGAAUGCAUUACAUCAGAAAAUGUGCCAGUUAGUUCUGAAUUAUAAUAUUCAGAGAGUUUUUGUCAGUGUUCUAGUAUAUAUACAACAUGGACAACUGCAGUAAAUAAGUUAUGUUGAAUUAUUAGAGAAACUGAUUUAGAUUUUAUUUUUAACUGCAUUUCUCAUUUCAUUUCCCUGAAAAAUGCAAAACAAUAAUCUGUGUCAAUGUAUGAAUGUGAAAUGAUAAACAAUCUUAAAGUGCUC